AUGCCUGUCGAACCAAGAACGACAACCUCACUCUCGAUACCACGAACGAGUGGAGAGAAGUUCAGCGAUGCAGAACUAGAGAAGACCUCUCCAGCCCAAGAUGCCACCGCAGAAGAGUAUCCCACUGGUGCGAGCCUGGCCAUCAUCACAAUUGGCCUAUUCCUUGCGGUUUUGUGCUUUGGACUUGAUCGCUCAAUCUUGGGAACUGCGAUCCCGGUAAUCACAUCCGAGUUUGAGUCUUUACCGGAUGUAGCGUGGUAUGGCUCCGCGUACCUCUUCACCAUGUGUUCGUUCCAGCUCUUUUUCGGCAAAUUGUACGCCGAGUUCAACGCCAAAUGGGUCUUCCUUGUUGCUCUCUUCAUCUUUGAGGUGGGGUCCAUUGUCUGCGCCGUGGCUCCGAGCUCCGUGGUUCUUAUUGUCGGCCGAGCCAUCUCCGGAGUCGGUGCCGCUGGACUCAUGUCCGGCGCUCUCAUUAUUUUGGCUAGAAGUGUGCCUCUUCACAGACGCCCGCAGUUCACCGCAGCAGUUGGCGCGGCGGGCGGGAUCUCGCAGUGCAUAGCGCCGACUCUUGGCGGCGUUUUUGUUGAUAAGGCUACUUGGAGAUGGUGCUUCUGGAUCAACCUUCCUCUUGGCGGUGUGACCUUCCUGGUGGUUCUCUUCCUCCUAAAGCUACCGACGCCGCCGAAGAAGCAGACACAAAGCGUGCGGGAGUUUAUUUCAAACUUUGACUUGGUAGGGACACUGCUCCUCAUACCUUGGAUUAUCUGUCUUCUCCUCGCCUUGCAGUGGGGCGGAACUGAAUAUCCCUGGAGUAAUUGGCGCAUAAUCCUGUGCUGGUGCCUCUUUGCGGUCUGCUUCCUUUUAUGGGCACUAGUCCAGUUCCGCGAGGGCGACAAAGCCACCGUCCCAUUUCGCAUCCUUUUCCAGAGGUCUAUGGCCUGUGCUUGCUGGCUUAUGCUUCUUCUGUUCUCACUUCUCUUCAUCGAAGUGUACUACAUCCCCAUCUGGUUGCAAGCAGUCAAGAAUCACUCUGCCUAUCAGAGUGGCAUUGACUUAUUGGCAUCAUCGGUUUCCUUGUCAGUGGCUACAAUACUUUCUGGAUUCUUGACAAGUCACAUCGGAUACUACGUCCCGCAACUCAUCGCUUCAUCUGUUAUCGCCUCUAUCGGAACGGGGCUGAUCUACUCGUUUGACGAAAACACGAGUUCAGGCUUCUGGAUUGCCUCACUUGUUCUUUUAGGAGUGGGCGUGGGUCUGGGCGGGCAGCAGACGUUGAUAGCAGUUCAGACCGUGUUCCAAGGUCGUGACGUAGCCCUAGCCACGUCUCUCUUGAUUUUCCUGCAAAGUCUCGGUGGCACCGUGUUCUUGGCUGUCGCUCAAAACAUCUUCCAUUCGAGACUAAUCUCCGAGUUGAGCCAAAACGUACCCAACGUAAACCCGGCAGUCGUCAUUGACGCGGGCGGUUCCGGACUAGUGGAGUCGAUGCGGAGCAUCUACCCGGAUUCAGUCGACGGCAUUAUCGGAGCUUACAACAAGGCUCUCCAAAACGUCUUCCUGAUUGCCACUGUUCUCGGGUGUUUGACAGUUUUUGGGUGUGUCUUCAUCGAGUGGAAAAGCGUUAAGAAGGACAAGACGAAAGGCGGCCAGACUCCGGGUCAGACGAAAAGAGAUGGAGACGCGGAGAAGUAG